AUGGAUUAUCAGAAUCGUGCGGGUUCCAAAUUCGGUGGGGGCGGCGUCGCCUCCAAAUCUGCUACGAAUGCAGACCGACGUGAGCGACUACGCAAGCUCGCCAUGGAGACAAUGGACGUCGAGAAGGACCCCUACAUCUUUCGCAACCACCUCGGCACCUUCGAAUGCCGCCUUUGCCUAACAGUUCACCAGAACGAUGGCUCCUACCUCGCCCACACGCAGGGUCGCAAGCACCAAACCAACCUUGCGCGACGCGCCGCGCGCGAGGCACGCGAAGGCAGGAACCAGGAUGCUUCGUCUACCGCUGGGGUCGCGGGCGUUCAAGUCAAGAAGCAAUUGAUCAAAAUCGGCCGACCAGGAUACAAGAUCACCAAGAUCAGAGAUCCCCUGACGCGUCAACUCGGUCUACUAUUCCAGAUGCAGUUCCAGGAAAUCACCCCCGGUGUGAAGCCCCGUGUACGCUUCAUGUCGGCUUUCGAGCAGCAGGUCGAGACUCCCGAUAGUAACUACCAGUACUUGGUUGUUGCUGCCGAGCCGUACCAGACUUGUGCCAUUAAGCUGCAGGCUAGAGAAAUCGAUCGUCGUGACGAACGCUACUGGACCUGGUUCGAUGAGGAUACCAAAGAGUUCUGGAUCCAGAUUAUGUUCAAAACUGAACGCGAGGAGAUUUUCAGUGGUGUGCCUGGCCUGGCGCCCGCGCAGACUUAA